ACGUAUAACCAAUUCAGUCAUCCUUAUCUAUACAAAUGAUGAGAUCAAUUAGCCUAAUUUUAUUGUUCCUCCUAAUUAUAAUUAAGGUCUCAUCAGCUGGGGAGCUAUCUCUUCCUCUCAACGAAACCCUUGGCCUUGAACAAGGGGAACAAUGCGGAUAUCAAAGUGGCUAUAAAAAAUAUUGUCCUCCUAAACAGUGUUGUAAUCGAUGGGGUUUCUGUGGAACCACACGCGGUUAUUGUGCCGCACAAAACUGCCAAAACCAAUGUCCAAGACGGUGCGGCCAAGGCUCUGACAUUCUAGCAUGUCCGCCAGGAUUCUGUUGCAGCAAAGAUGGCAGGUGUGGAACUAGUUCAAGAUAUUGUGCUCCUGAAAACUGUCAAAGCCAAUGUAAUACGACAGCACCCCCAAUCCCAGAGGGACGAUGCGGAAGGCAAGCUGGCGGUGUAUAUUGUCCUAUCGGACAGUGUUGUAAUAACUCUGGUUGGUGUGGAACUACACCUGAUUAUUGUGAUCCUGAUAACUGUCAAAGUCAAUGUUAUACUCCAGUCGCACCCCCACCUUCGCCCUCACCUCCACCUCCACCCCCAUCCCCACCCCCACCUUCGCCCUCACCUCCACCUCCAUCCUCACCCCCAGCUUCGACCUCACCUCCACCUCCACCCCCAUCCUCACCCCCACCCCCACCUUCGCCCUCACCUCCACCUCCACCCCCAUCCCCACCCCCACCUUCGCCCUCACCUCCACCUCCAUCCUCACCCCCAGCUUCGACCUCACCUCCACCUCCACCCCCAUCCUCACCCCCACCUUCGCCAUCACCUCCACCUCCAUCCCCACUCCCACCCCCACCUUCCCCCUCACCUCCACCUCCAUCCCCACCCCCACCUUCGUCCUCACCUCCACCUCCAUCCCCACCCCCACCCCCACCCCCGUCAGGACGAUGUGGAAUUCAAGCUUUUUUUCGAGCAUGUCGUAUUGGAGAAUGUUGUAGUGUAUUGGGUGUGUGUGGAACCACAUGGGCCUAUUGUGCUCCUGGACUGUGUCAAAGUCAGUGUUUUCUAACCUCGCCCGCCAAUAAUCGUAUGAGAGGUAUUGAAAGCUUAAUGCUUAAUGUUGUGUAGAUGCUAGCUCUUGUAUUUCCAAUUACUAGCUCGAGGAUGUACUUUUACUCCUCUAUUGGAACUGGUGAAGUGAUCAAAUAUUAAUGCAUGUAAAAUAAUGCAUAUGAAAUGUAUUAAUUAAUAUAAUAAAUAAAGGACUUUUGUCUAAAUUAAAAUA